GGGUGGAGUUGCUGCGCCUGCUGCUGCUCGAUCCUCAAACGGGGGUGUGUACAGAAGACAGUUUAAAAUCCUACAGACAUGCGUAUUGGAUUUCGGGGUUCAAGGGAAAACGCCAUAUUGGAAACCGUAGUGUAGGCUAACAGUUUACAGCUAGCGGUUUGAAAAAGGACCACUUAUUGAUCCCCGGUUUCUUGGGCGUUUUAAUACUAUUUGCUUCUCUCUCCAUUCGCCACAACCCUGUUUUUUUCUGAACGUCUAUCUAAGUAUAGGAAAGCGUAAUUACUGAGCGGGGAACACGCCGGUUUGCGAGGAAGGGGUUGUUUUAAAAAUUAAGUUGAAUGGAUCCGAGGGUUGCUUGGAUUCAGCCGGAACAGAAAGGACCUGCGAACGCUUUAUGGAUGCAUGUCUGGGAAACGUCUCAGGUAGUCCGGGCUGCUAACUCGGGCCAGCAUCACAGUAAUAUCUGUGUCAAUUCUCCAGCGCUGGACGGUCUCAAAAAUGUUGGGGUCGCGGCGACAUCAAGCAAAGGCGUCUGCAGCAGCAAUUCAGCCAGCACCGUAAGCAGCCACCAGAGCAAUGCAAAUAACGGCAGCACUACUAAUGUUAACUCAAGAAAUGGCACUACUGCAAUACCACCUGGAUUUGUAACGUUAACGAACGGUGGUGCUCAAAACUGUUUGAUUCCUUCGUCGUUACACACUAACGGAUUAAAGGUAGGUGUUGCUGAGGAGGCCAAAAUGUCUCUAAAGACGGGCUCAGUUUCUUCGUCGUCCUCAGUGGAAUCUGGAGCGGACAGUCCAUCUUCCAAAUGCUCGUUGGGAAGGACUAGUGGCAAUGUUAACAUUAGCGGCAAUGUUCUCACGGGGAAUGUGAACAUGAAUGUUGUGGGGGCUCCCAACCUGAUUUUUAGUUUCAGCGAAAAUAUGUUUAACAGCGUCAACCAUCAUCACCACCACCACCAUCAUCAUCAUCACCAACGCCAUCCCCAUCAGGAGCAACAGCAGUACAAUAUUCAACAAAACUGUAUCAAGCGCCACCCGCUUAACCCGUCUGCAACCCACAAUCACUACAAUCACCACCAUCAUCCAGGCCGAAGGAAAAGUGACAACAAGGCGAGCACGUAUGGAAUAAACUACCAGCUGUCUAAUCUGAGCAAUGGCAAUUAUCUCAGUUCUGGGACGCCGUGGAAGACGAGAAGAUACAGCCCAGGGGUGGACGGGCUUCACGAGGAGAUUGUGGACUUCUACAACUUCAUGUCACCGCGGCCGGAGGAAGCUGACAUGAGGCAGGAGGUGGUGGACCGCAUAGAGAGGGUCAUCAAGGAGCUGUGGCCCACCGCAGACGUGCAAAUCUUUGGUAGCUUUAGCACUGGGCUCUACCUCCCUACCAGUGAUAUCGACCUGGUGGUGUUCGGAAAGUGGGAGAGGCCUCCACUUCAACAGCUGGAGCAGGCGCUCCGCAAACACAACGUGGCCGAACCCUACUCCAUCAAAGUACUGGACAAGGCGACGGUGCCCAUCAUCAAGCUGACGGACCAGGACUCUGAAAUGAAGGUGGACAUCAGCUUCAAUGUGGAGACCGGCGUGAAGGCCGCACGCUUCAUCAAGGACUACACAAAGAGGUACGCGGUGCUGCCUUACCUGAUCUUCGUGCUGAAGCAGUUCCUGCUGCAGAGGGACCUGAACGAGGUCUUCACCGGCGGCAUCAGCUCCUACAGCCUCAUCCUCAUGGUCAUCAGCUUCCUACAGCUGCACCCACGUAUCGACACGAGGAACCCCAAUGUGAACUUCGGGAUGCUGCUGAUCGAGUUCUUCGAGCUGUACGGCCGGCACUUCAACUACCUAAAGACGGGCAUCCGGAUAAAGAACGGCGGCGCCUACAUGGCCAAGGAAGACAUCAUGAAGGCCAUGACCAACGGCUACCGCCCCUCCAUGCUCUGCAUAGAGGACCCCAUGCUACCAGGGAAUGACGUUGGCAGGAGUUCGUACGGGGCCAUGCAGGUGAAGCAGGUGUUCGACUACGCCUACAUCGUACUGGGACACGCCGUGUCACCUCUGGCCCGAUCAUACCCCAACAAGGACACUGACAGCACUUUGGGUCGCAUCAUCCGGGUGACACAGGAGGUCAUCGACUACCGGGAGUGGAUCGUCCAUAAGUGGGGCGGCCGCGCUGAGCGAAACAACGGGCUGCUCCAUAAGGACCCAGUAGUGGAUGUGGACGCCGCCUCCCUGCUGGGCGUGACGGUAGAGGAACAGCAGCAACAGCGUGACUCCGUAUCUCCCCACAGUAGCGCUGACUCCCCCAUGUCCCUCUCCAGCCCCCAACAGACACACUCCUCAGCCUCCUCAACAUCAUCGCUCUCCGGCAGCGACAUAGAUUCGGACUCCACUCCCUGCGUGCCCCCUCCUCUGCCCCACUUCCCUCCCCAGGUGCCGCUGGGUGCGCUACACCCGGGCCUGCAGAUGGCCCCCGCCAAGCCCAACCUCAGCACAACACUGGCCAUGCCCCCCGCCUCACAGGGGCAGAUGUCUCUGCCGGGUGGUCUUUCCCUCCACGCGUUACCUGGGCGACAGGUGUGUAUGGGCGAGGGAGGCCCCCCUCCUCCCCCUCCUCAUCCCCCCUUCUCUCUCCUCCACAUGCCUCCUCAUCCUCCCCCCCCAGCUCUGCCCCCAGCCCCCCACAGCCCCCUGCACAGUCCACACCUGCACCACAAGAACGGGCCUAAGUAUCCUCUGAAGGGCUUCCACAACCCGGCGGUGGUCCACAGUCCGGUGUUGGCGAGCCGCAACGGGCACGUGCAGUACCCCCGCAACACCUGGCGGCGGCGCAAGAGGGAGAACCUGCCGGCCAGCGUCAGCAGAUAGAACAG